GACGGAGGGGUGGACACAGCACAGCCGGUAUGUCUAGGCCGGAAAGAUGUCCGUUAUGGGAACGGGGGGCUGCCGUACACGCUUCCGAGCUUGUGUUUCAAAAUAUCCCCGAUGCGCACGCUGGGCUGGCUUUGGAGGCUGCUCAGCGCGUGAUGGACCGUGCCCAGGGGCCCAGCUGGGAUUUGGGCCGAGCGUGCUGGGCAAAGAAGCAGAGAGGACACCGGGUGUAGCGUGGCCCCAAGCUCUAUCUGUCUGCUGACUCGGUGGAGGAUGCCGCCCGCUGGGGCCUCAGUUUCCCCGUCUGUGACAUGGGGUUUACAAUGACCGCCUGCCUGCCCGACACAGUGGCUGUGGAGAUGACGGUGUGAUAGUCCUCUGGGGCCGAUGAAGUGCCCCAAACUAUUGUGAUUUUUAAAAACUGGGCCAGGAGCUUUGUGAGAUGUCAUCAUCACGGUUGUGAAAAUGAGAGGCUGCCAUGCGUCUACAUGCGCCCUCUGCCCUGUUACCCCUGGACGGAGCGUGUCUGGGAGACCUCACCUCUGGUGCCGAGACCUCUGGCCUGAGGCUGCAGGUCGGCUGUGUGCCUGUGCACCCCAGGCAAGUCCUCGCCCUCUCAGACGUGGGAAGGGGUGGCGGUGCCACCCCUGUGGGCUGGGAGCUCCAGGAGAUGCCCCUGGAGGCCUCCGGUCGGGGCUGUUCAGUCCCUUCAGAUGGACACUCAUCCAGAACUAAGCAUAAUGACAAAAGGUCAAAUGUUUGCACGUGCAAAGGACUUCACAGUCUGCACCACCACCUCAGCAAGCUCGUGGGCUCCUCAAAGCCACCUGAUGAGGCAGUGUUGUCAGCCAUGCGUCACAGGACAGGAGAUGAGGCACAGGCCCGUGGCCGGGCUGGUGGUCAGCAGGGAGAGGCAGGCCCACAUCCGUCUUAGGCUGGAGGGGCCUGUCACCGAGAAGAAAAGACUGGGAGCCAGAAACGGGCUACCGGGUGAGCUGGACAGGAAGCUGACCCCUUCCAGGGACAGCUGCCCCUGCUAGAGGAAGCAAGCCCCUGGUGGAUGGAGGACAGACCUCAUCCCUUGAAAUGUCUAACAGUGUCCUGUGGUAGCUACUGGUCUCUUUAAGUUUACAUUUAAAUUAAUACUUAAUAAGAUUAAAUGAAUAAAAGUAAAAUAAAAUUUAAAAAUUCAGAUCUUCAGUCGCACCACAUUUCAAGAGCUCGGUAGUGAUGAGGGGCUGGUGGCUACCACGUGGGACAGCAGACAGAGACCAGUUUGCCCCGGAAAGUCCCCCCGGCAGGUGCUGCUCCAGGGCUGAAUCCAGGAGCUGUCCUGGAGCCUGGGGACGAGGAGCAGGCGCGGAGUGGCCUGUCUCCUACUCAGCUUCGCCUCGGUUGUCCCCUCAUGCCACGGGUGUGCGAAACCACUCCCCAGGCAGAUCGGCGGAUUCCGGGGCACACGAGAAGGGGCUGGGCCCAGGGCAGGGUGCAGCGUUGUCCAGUACGAUGGGUCCUUUUGCUUCUCAGAAUCUGGGAUGUUAACCAGAAGACCUUCUACCUGAGGAAUAACCAGCUCGUCGCUGGAUACUUGCAAGGACCAAACACUCAGUUAGAAGAGAAGAUAGACGUGGUGCCCGUCGAGCCCCAGGCCGUGUUCCUGGGGAUCCACGGCGGGAAGCUGUGCCUGGCCUGUGUCAAGGCCGGCGACGAGAUCAGGCUGCAGCUGGAGGAGGUCAACAUCACUGAACUGAGCAAGACCAAGGAGCAGAACAAGCGCUUCGCCUUCAUCCGCUCCGACAGCGGCCCCACCACCAGCUUCGAGUCCGCCGCCUGCCCGGGCUGGUUCCUCUGCACAGCGCUGGAGGCCGACCAGCCCGUCAGCCUCACCAACACGCCCAAGGAGGCCGUCAGGGUCACCAAGUUCUACUUCCAGCAGGACUAGUGGUGCCCCCACCCCAGCCCGUGGUCCCAGCUGCUGGUGGAGCCCCAGAAGGAGCUGCAGGAGCCCGGGUUCAGGACUCCGUCUGCAGCCCCUCAGCCGACACAACCUUCAUGCUGCCCCCACAGUGGUCUUUCUAAAGUGCAACUCGAAUCCCAGCGCAGCUCAAAGCCCUACCUCCUGUGUCCCCUGUGCCUUCCGGAUAGCACCCGGGCCACCGGGCCGCCCGCACACCCUCUGCUGUCCUCUCCCGCCCCACUGUCCACCCCCAGUCCCUGAAGCCACUCACUCACUCCCAUCAAGUGGCUCCCCAACCUCGUUUUGCAAACCUUGGGAUAGCAUCUCUUUUAGGGUCUGUGGCAAAAUGAAAAAUAAGGAUUUCAUGGUAUUUUUAAAAGCCUACUUUAUCCAGUUUUAAAAAGUGCUUUAUUUGGGGAUUAUGUUCUUUCUGGAAGGGGGUGAGAGAUUAAAAUAUUCCUGUGUUUGUGAAAAAUUAUGGUGAAAGUACUUCUCCUUUUAAUUUUUCCUCCUUAUUUUAUACCCUAGCCUGUAAAAAUGAGACGUUAACGUACCAUGUUAGUCCCUAAUUUUUCUCCCUGAAACGUUCCUGUAAGUCUGGACCCCGUUGCCCAGGCCCAAGCACCAUCGCCACUCCAGACCCUCGCGGCCGCCGGCAGUGUCCCCGGCACAGCGGCGCUCGGCCUCCCUCUCUCCGAGGAGUGGGUCGCUCCUUCACCAUCGCCGCACUCUGACGCCCAGGCUUGUUGGAGGGGCUGUGCGUCUGGGUGCUGUCCACACUGGGGCAGGGACGGGGACUCACGUGUCCCGGUCUUCCAGGGCCGAGCAUGUAUGUGUCCCGUCCAUAUGUGUCGUAUAUGUGCUGAAUGUGUGCUGAAUGUGUGUUGUCUAUGUGUUAUAUGUGUG